GUUCCCUCAACAAGAAUCAACUCCUCGUACACUAUACACACCCCCCGAACCCACAAAACACCACGCUCGCUCUGCAACCUUGACGAUUCGCGACAGCGCCCUGAGACCUGCGGUCACAUUCUCCCCCUCUCCACCCCACAAAAAACUUACACACCAAACCCCCCGUUCAUCGCAUCAAACAUCACCUUCAUCGCCCUUUCUCCCCGGUGGAUCCGACCCCGAUUCGAAAUCAUAUCGCCUAGUUUCCCUCAACUGCAGUAGCACCCUAGAAAACAGUUUCGUUGCUCUCCCUUUGGAUCACAGCAGAGUCGACCUCCGCCUGGAAUAGAACGCAAGAACGACAGAAAAGAAAAAAGACUCGUACCAUCCACAGCCAUGGCCCACUUAAUGUACACCCAGCCGCACCUCGCGAAUCAGCAGAAGCCAGAGACCUUUAUGCUCUCCACAGAAGCCCAGCAGUCAUUACCACACGACGCUCAGGUGGCUCUGCAGCAAGUUGACAACUUGAAAUACUUCCUCAUCUCCGCGCCUGUAGACUGGGCACCGGAUCAGUACAUUCGACGAUUCCUGCUUCCGACCGGAGAAUAUGUGUCUUGCGUGUUAUGGAACAACCUUUUUCACAUCUCGGGCACCGACAUCGUCCGCUGCCUUUCUUUUCGCUUUCAAGCAUUCGGCCGGCCAGUAAAGAACUCGAAGAAAUUCGAGGAAGGAAUCUUCUCGGAUCUGAGAAACUUGAAGUCUGGCACCGAUGCCUCGCUCGAGGAGCCUAAAAGCCCGUUCUUGGACUUUCUGUACAAGAAUAACUGCAUCCGAACCCAAAAGAAGCAGAAGGUUUUCUAUUGGUACAGCGUACCGCACGAUCGCUUGUUCCUUGACGCUCUGGAGCGCGACCUCAAGAGGGAGAAGAUGGGCCAAGAGGCAACCACCGUUGCCGUUAGCGAGCCCGCGCUCUCCUUCGAAUUCGACUCUUCCCAGUCGCUGUUUGAGCAGCUCACCAAAGCACAGCAAGCCAACUCUUCGUCGUUCUCUGCCCAUGCUUCUUACUCGUCUUCCACUUCGCCCGUCAUGCGCGCGAUGGACUCGAUGCCACCACCACAGCUCAUCCCCGCACCGAUGGCCGUCGUGCCCGAGGAUAUGGGUCCCGUCACUUCGUACGCCUCGCAGAUGCCAUUGCCCGCGCCCGUCAAGAGGGAGGAUGACUAUGGCGCCUACUACCCCGAACGUGGUGGAAUGCCCCUUCCGCGACCCAUGCACCAGCGCACCCACUCCAUGCCCAGCUACCUCGAGUACUCGCCAGCCCCCUCGUUCGCCCCGUCGGAAGACUACAGCAACCGUGGACUAUCGUACGAGCCCGUGACACCGCCCCAGCAGAUGGUCAACCUUUCGGAGCCCCACUACCUCUCCAACGAUGCGCCCGCGAUGUACCAAGAUCACGGACACCAUCACCAUAUGGGCGGCAUGAUGGCUCUUCCCCUGCCGGCUGUUAGCGGAGCUCCCUUCUCCUCGACUCCCCGUGCGUACAGCAACAGCGUCUACUCCGUCAUCGAGGGAUCGCCCACAUACAAGCAGCGCAGGAGACGGUCGUCGAUCACGCCUGGCAUCAGCGCAUUGAGCAACGGGGUUCACGGGCACGUACGGAAACACAGCGACCAUCAACUCAGACGGUCCGCCACGGCAUCCGUCGUUCCCGAGAGCGACGGCGAGGAUGGAAGUGUCCAUGGCAUGUCGAUGCACCACAGGGAGAUUGUCGACCUGUCCCGACAAGGAACGCCCAUGUCGGUCAUGGAGGGCAGCCCAGCACCUCAGAUGGUUCACCACGAGGGUAGCCCCAUGCGUGAUUACGACGACCUCAAGCACGGCGGCGCCGCUGUGAUCAGACGUGCCAAGAGCGCGACCGUUAUGGAAGUUGGACCGUACCCCCAGAAGUCGCACUCCUGCCCGAUCCCGUCUUGCGGACGCUUGUUCAAGAGACUCGAGCACCUCAAGAGACAUGUUCGCACGCACACGCAAGAGCGACCAUACAUCUGCAACCACUGCAACAAGGCCUUCUCCCGUUCCGACAACCUUGCCCAGCACCGUCGGACCCACGACCGUGAUGGCGCCAAUGGCUCCAACGACAGCUACAACUACAGCGAGGAGGACCUAGAAAACGAGGACGAUCAGCUGCAGAAUGGUGACGACGGUUCCGAUACUGUCGAGCAACACAACCCCUACCUGCCUAUGGCUUCGGGGCACCACUCACUGCCGGCGCCAAGUUUAAUGCACUCGGCGUUGAUGCAGCAGAUGAGCUGAGUGAUGGGAAAAGGGUCGUGUCUGAUUGUGUUUUCUUGAUUUGCCUUACAGCGUAUCUUUUGCAACAUUUUUCUUGUGGGGUAGCGUU